AUGGUUACAGUAGUUUUGGCUGCUAUUGAUAAAGUCAUCAUCUCGAACGCGGCCAUCUAUGGCAUGAAGAAAGACACCCACUUGACUGGCGAUGAGUACUCUUCGGUAGGCUCAAUCUUCUACUUCGGAUACCUCGCCUUUGAGUACCCUGCAGCGCUUCUCAUUCAGCGACUUCCUGUGGCCAAGCUGUAUGCUGGCAUGAACUUUGCUGGCUUGGCUACGGUGCGAUUCUUGAUGGGCAUGACGGAAGCCGCCGUGUUCCCAAUCUCCAGCAUUUUAACGCUCUCCUCCGUCUUCUCAGGCGUGGUCAGCUACGGAAUCGGCCAAACAAACACGGCCUUGGCACCUUGGAGGUUGCUCUUCAUUGUGUUGGGUGCAUUCUCUGUCCUCUGGGCUGGUGUGUUGUACAUAUUCUUGCCCGAUUUGCCCGUGCAAUGCUGGUAUUUCUCGGAUCGCGAGAAAUUCGUCUGCCUCGAGCGCGUUAAAGACAACAAUACCGGCAUGAAAGACAAAACCAUCAAGUGGUACCAAGUGCGCGAGUGCUUAAGCGAACCCGAGACCUGGCUUCUGGCUCUCUUUUCGCUGGCUCAAAAUGUACCCAAUGGUGAUCUGGUGACCUUUUCGGCUAUUAUUGUGACAGGUUUGGGCUAUUCCCCAUUGAUCACAACCGUGUUGGGUAUCCCACCGAUCCUGCUAGGCUUUAUUUCUGCUAGCGUGCCCAACUCCCGUUGCAAUAUUAUCGUCGUGGCCAAUCCAGUCCCCAUGGUCUGUGCCAUCCUAAUGUGGAAGCUGCCACGUGAGAAUCAGCAAGGUCUUCUGGCAGCAUACUAUAUCUUCUACGCCUAUUGGGCACAAUACGUGCUGUCGACUUCGCUUCAAAUGGCUAACACCAGCGGUCAUAGCAAGAAAUUGGCCAUGAACGCCAUCUUCUUCUUGGCGUAG